AUUUUCAGACUGGGAAGAGGCAUACUUGUGUCUGGACAUCCUUUUUGAGGAUGACAGACCAGUAUCUCCACAGUCAGUGUUAUCAGACCUUCAGCUGGAAAAGCUCUUUAGCAACAGGGCAUUGUCUCCAGAAUCAAUUUCCUCUGAUUUGGACUUUUCUCUUUUGAAUGACUGGCUGGCAGAUUUCAGAGCCUCCUCCCCAGAAUCGGUGGCAGCAGAGGACCAUCAGACUUUAUUUCCUCACAUGACAUUUGCACAAAGAACUCAUCAGCACUGUAACUAUUUCCUAAAAUAUCGUGAAGAUAGGCCAACAUCAUCUGUGCUCUCAGUGUCAGAUGGUGAAGAUUUUGACUAUUGUCUGGAGGACAUGUUUAAUGACAACAGGGCAGAUUCCCCAGAUUCUCUUCCUUCAGGUUUUCAGGCCCUAAGUGCAUCACCUCUGCUUUCUUGUAAUAGACUUUUUACCUCUGACUUAAAUGAUAAAUCCCACACAGUCCAAGCACAUAUGCACGGUGGUCCUUUUUUCAAUGUUGAAUCAGUUUCAGUGGAAACAGUUUCCUUUUUACACCAAACAUCUUUAACUAGGAGUUCACAGAAGCAACCAAUGAAGACAUGUAAGCAAUUACUCAUUUGCCAUUGUUAUGAUCCACCGUAUAAAGGAAAAUGUUUGCACUGUCAUUUCAAAAUGACUGGUCCUUUUUAAAAACCUUAUUUAACCAUUGUCAAUUGUUUUAACACACAAACAGAAAGUAGUCAGUCCUACACAGUCCUCUUUUAAUCAAGUAGUAUCAUGGUCCUUUAGUUUUUAUUUGAUUUCACUUAGGAUGUAAAGCUGGAUAAUAAUUUAAUAAAUCUAAUUACUGACAAAAAAUAACAUCAAAAACACACCUCUUUACAAUUCUCCUUAGUUUUUUAUUUCUCUACGAACAUUUUUGCUGUUUAUCUUUCGACUUCCUCAUGUUUCUUUCUUGAAUAUAACAUGAUGUAUAUGGAUGUAAAAUGACUGUUAGCUUCCACGAUAAUACGAUGGAUUAACAGGAUGCCCGAUCAAUAAAAAAGGCUUGAAGAAUUUUAAAUUCCAGUAAAAAUGUUGCAUUUCACCACAGUAAUACGUUGAAUUCUUUAGCAAGCUACCAUUUUGAUAAAAACAGCAGAGUAAUCAACCCCCCUUCAGAAAAUAUACAUCACAUAGAUUCCAAGUUUAUUAAUUUGCCUCUAGAAUAAAAAGAAAAUAAGGAUUCAUAUUUCCAUACAUUGUAACACACUGCUGAUUAAAGAUUUUCAUUUAUAUCUGUGAACAUAUAGUAUUUAUAUUUGUAUAUAUUAGGCCUAUAGUUAGCUAUAAGUAGAAUGGUUAGCAAUUCAUGCUAAUGCUAAUCUACUUGUGUUUUGGGUUAACAAGUCUGGAUCCAAACAAACAAAUGUGAGCAUAAAAGUGAUUACAAAAGCUUAAAAGUAUAAUUAUACAGUCAUUGUCAAAUCAUUAUGGUUUUAUGUUAUUUCAAUGAUAAUAUCCCUGACAUGGAUUCCUAAAGUGACAGCAAGGUUUUAAGACAAUAUUAUUUUUCUAUAGUGUCACAAGAAUAUAACCAUGGCAAAAAUAUGAGAAUCUAACAGAAUAUAACACAGUGUCUUUGUAAAGCUCUUCCUUUCUAUUAUUUUGUCUUUUUAGCUUAUCAAUUGCCUGUCUCUCUGACUCUGGUAAAGGGACAUUUUAAAGCCUCAGUCAAUGGUCCCAGAAGUCAUUUAGAGAAGUCAAGUAAAAAAAAUUCAAAACAUGAAAUUCAGUACAGAAAAGCCACAAUGCCCAACCAGAAAUCUUCUUUUAUUUCUUCCAGAUUGCAAAAUUCCUGAUUUUGUCUCAUAGAUCAAACAUUUAUUAGCAGUCUUUUUAUGAUGCUUUUCCGCCUAGAUAUCACAGUUGCCAAAAUUCAACCAGAUCUGAUCAAACUACACAUUGUUGGGCUAUUUUACACUGAGUUGAGUCAUAUUGCCAUCAGUUGAUACAAAAGAAAUGGUUUCAUCAUGCUGUCUGGUUGUUUGUCCUCAAACAAGCAGAUAAAGAAUCUUGAGACAAAAACUUGAUUGGUGUGUGAACCUGAAUGGACAGUACCUUGAUCACAUUUAAAGAUGACCCGUGUUCAAGUUUUUUUCCCCAACAACACAAAAAGAAAAACCACCAGAGAGAAAACGAAAAAGUUCUGCGGCUUCGGUAUCAUCUUCAUCCUCCAUGAAAAAUCUUUCACUGUCCCCCAAACAGGAAAAUGCUCAGUUAGAAAGAAAUCAGGGUUUUGAAAUUGAGCAAACGCUUUUGACACACGAGCUAUGCACACUCUCUGUUGCAGAACUAGAAUUACCAUCCCCAAGCUCAAAAAUAAGUAAAACACAAUCUGACAUCACAUCGACUCGUCGUGGAAACUCACCACAGGAAAAGGAAGAAAAGCUCUGGUUGCCCUGUCAAAGUGAAGAUUGUGGAUUAGCUACACCAGGUUCUUUGACCCCAGAUCGACAAGCGGAUCUAGAUAAACUCACCAUCAUGCCCCCGGACUCCACACCAACAACACCAGAGUCCGGGUCCCCCCAGCUCGACCAGCUCCUCUCAGACCUGAAGGAGAUGAGACUGAAGUUUAGACCAGAGACACUCGACACACCUUUGUCAGACUCCCUUGACGACAGCUCAGAGGUUGGUGAUAUUGCGGAGUAUGAAGAGCUUUCACCUGAUGGUCAGUGCCCCCCCGAAAUCGGUCACGUUGUGGAAGUCAGCGCGUCACAACCUUCUGAAAGCAAUGCUGAUGCAGUGGUCACUCCGAUUGUGGUAAAAACACCCGUGUCCAGUCUUGAUAUCAAUGACGAUGUUCCUGCAUCCCCUACCGAAGCCUUUACAUUCCCCAAAUCUCCUCUAAGCCUUGGUGAAGAAAUCCAACCAUCUGGGAAAGAUGCUUCAUAUGUUGAAAUAUUUGAAACAGAAACACUUGAGAAGAAUCUGACUCAUCUUCAUGGACGAGAGGUUACGAGCGACUCUCACCAAAGAUCUGAGCAAACCGCACAGUCGAAUGGGUCUGAGGCUGGGACGGAAGAGACAUCACCACAGAGUGUCCAAGAUCCAGUUUUAUGUGACCAACCCUCCACCGAAACGAUUUCCUCUCAGUGCCUGUCGGAUCUGACUCCCGACACGGUCACCAGCGAUGGACGUUUCAGCUUUGAGGAACUAAAGCCGAGCCCCUCGUCAGAGGCCUGUGGCCAGCAUCCCGGUGAGGUCCAGGCUCCGCUGAGCCCCGACUGUUUGGUUUCUGAGUCGGCCUCAGUCCAGUCAAAACCGGAGGUGGCUUCAUCUGCCCCUGAUGAGUUCAACAUCCCCCUCGGUGAUGCCAGCACUUCCUCUGUGGAAAAUAUCCCUGCGCGCACACUUGCAAGUUGCGCAGAGACGGGUCUUGGUGGCAAAGAGAGCCCUACCUUUGAAUAUUCCGACCCGGAGCCUUUCUUUGACUGCAAACAAGGGCCGUCUGAUUUCUCAGAGACCGAGCCUGACGCACUCGAGCCUAGAGGAAGUACAAGUGGAAGCCGGACCCGGGAUCGGCUCGGCCCCCUAGAAGGGCGGCGAAAGCUGAAUCAAAAUGCGCUGUUGUCUUCUGGAAGUGAAGAUUACGAAGAUGCACCCUUCGUCAAUGAGCCCCCUCAGGAAGCAUACAAAGGGAGUGAAGAGUUGCCGCACAAUUCCGAGACAUCCGAUGAGGAAUUCAUCCUGUGUGAGGCUCCACAACUACCUGGAGUGUUUGAAACAAAAAAAUCUCUCCGACGGGAGAUCGCCGCAGAACUUGGAUCAAUGUCAGAGAGUUCAGAUGAUGAAUUUGUGACCACCAGAAUUAUACGAAGGAAAGUUGUCAUUAAGGCUGAUGAAAUGCCCGACUUCCCCAAUCAGUCAGUGACAGAGGAGAGGUACAAGGAUGAAAAUGGACACACAGUUGUCAAAAGGGUUACUCGAAAGGUCAUCCGCGAGUGUGUUUCUGUGGAUGGCAUGGAGCAUAAAGAGGUGUCAUUAGAAGAAGCUCCAGUGAGGUCUGUCACUCUGUCGGAGGGCGAUGGCUACUCCACGGUGGUGAAGAGGACUGUCCUAAAGAGUGCGGGAGACCACGCAGAGGUAUUUGGGGAAUGUGAGGGUUUCCUACCAUCAAAGCAAAAGGCAGGAGAUGCUUGUGCUGUCAGUGGCACAGAAAAGACAUCACUGUUGGACAGGGAAAGGAAAAUAUCUUCCCCGGGCAAUCCAUCUUUGGCCCCAGACCUCCCUUCAGCCCAAAAAGGCUUCAAGCAGACACUGGGUAGUUUGGGUGGUUUAAGCAGAGCAGAGCUCCCUCUUGUGGUAGAGAGAGAAAUUGUCAGAAGGGAUGGAGCUGUGGUCAGGAGGAUCCGCACGCGUAAACCUCAGACCUUCAGACGAACAGCGAUGAGGGGAGCUGGUCAGCACAAGCAGGUCCUUGUAGGGGAAACAGGUACCAUUACGAAAGAGAGAAAACCCUGCGACCUCCAGAAGCAACUUCACCAGCUCUUUCAUCACUGAAAAAGUCAGGACAAUGACGAGGACGGAAUGGAGGAGGGCGAGUAGAAGAACCAGUUCCACUCUCCCCAACUCUCGGGCUCUGUCCAUGCGAACGUCCCCGCUAAUCCUAUGCAUUAGCCACUUGCAAUCCCAGUGUGUACCUCGGCACCUCAGAGCUACCACAGUCUUCCCAUUUUAUUUCUGGAAGAUUCCCUUUUUGAUCACAAAGAACUGUUUUCUUUUCUAACAGAUGCUGUGUAAUUAUCAUUUUCAUUUCAUGUUCUGAAGUUGUUUUGCCUUGUUGUGACCAAAGAAAGCCUUCUGUUGUUUUCCUGAUUGACUCUAAUUUGAAUGUGAAAACUGUCUUAGUUUUGUCUUGAUAAUGUGUAGGGUAAAAAUAAUGAAAAUAAAAAAAUAGAAGUGAAAAUACAUACAAAGAAGGAACAUAAAUCACACUAGCUAACUAAAAAUGUAUUUUAGAUGAAGAACAACAAAAUAUUGCUACUGCUGUUUAAGUCGGUGCUGAGAUCGAAAGACAGUAUUUCACAUUGCACUGCCUCACAAAACUCAGAUUUUCUUUUUCUGAGAAACUCAUUUACUCACAGUUCUGGUCUGUUUUUUGUUUUUUUAUUUCUUUGAUGCCGUUGGUCAAGAUGUCACAAACAGAAAAUCUGACUGUAUCAACACUGAAUUUAACUGCUGCUGUUGUGUUUUGUGGAAACUGUGUGCAUUUUGUCCUUUGUAUUAUAUAUGAUCUGUAAUCUGAAAAUUAUUGACAUCUGUAGGCUAGGAAUUAAUAAUCACUUAUGUGAAGUAGAACAGGCAUGACUAAUCAACAUCUGGCAAUUUGAUCCUAGCUUUGACUGCUUUGUCGUUCAGUGGAUUGUCCUUUAGCCUUUCUUUUCCCUCUAUGUAUGUCUUUUUUGAGAGUGUGCAUCUUUUUCUGCCUUUCUCCAAAUGUUUGGUAUUGACUCAUGUUGUAUGGGCAUGAAAUGGGUGAGUGAGGCUGGAUUGUAGGCACUGAGUGUUUGUGUGUUGAAAUUCUGCACCGACUGCUGGUUUGAGAAGAACAUUUUUGGUAUUAUCUUCACAGGACUGGAAAUAUGCUUUAAGAUGUCUUAUUUUAGAGUCUAUUUUUGUUAUUUUAGUUCAGUGUACAAGUAAGUGUAGAGUACAAGUGAAUUUAUUGGGUCAUUUACUGUUCGUCAUUGGGCAGUGACUCAUCAAAUCUUUUGAUUUUCAAUGUAUUCGGACGUCACCAGACCUAAACACCUAUAUAAUUGCUUUAUAUUCUCUAUUUAGUUAACUUUUUCAAACACAAGUAUUCGAACCAGGUGUGUGAUUUGUUAGAGAGUGAAUUUGGAUGCGUGUGUGUGUGUGCUGGGUGAGUGUGUGCUGGUCUCUGUUAACAAAAAAAAUGUAUCUGUUCAUUUUACAAAUAAUUACUCUUGCACUCCUGAAUGUCAGAUGGGAACGCCUCCUUGCUUUCUGUGCACAGGUACAGUAGAUAGACAUAGUAGCACCAGAUAGGCAGGUUUGGAGCUUAAAUACACGAUUAUGUACACCUCUGACCAUUGCUAAUGUAUGUACCUGCAACAUGUAUUUACUUCACUAUCACGGUUUACUUUGUGAUUUAGAGAAAUGUAAAAUGCAAAUAAGUGAAAGUUCACUGUGACCGGUAUGCUUUAAUUUAAAGAAUCGGCAUCCCUUUUUCUGUGAUUACAGUUAUAUACAUAUACAACGCAUAUAUAAAUACCUACGGGGCAUGUAUUAUUGUAUCAAAAAGACAAAAAUAAAAUGGCUGCAUUGUAUCUAUGGCUGAUAGAGAAUAAAAAUAUUCAAAUGAAUUAAAUUGAAUAUUGAAUUUUUUCAUGCACAUGAAACAGAUUAAAUGCGAUAAAAUGUUCAAGAUUUACAUCUUAAAAUUGAGGUCAUGUGUCAAAGAUUCCAGGAAAAUGCAGAACGUAUGCUGCCCUCUGCUGGACAACAGUAUACUUUCUGUAAUAGUGUUUAUCUCAUUACAAACCAGUGGAAAUAUUGGAUUAGUGCUCAAAAUAUAGUCAUUCAAUCAAUAUCCAUGGUUUAAGUAGGAAGUAUCAUCCUUUUAAUUCCAAAUUAGACUGCCUUAACAAACACUGACUACCAAGUCAGC